AUGCCUUCAGCUCAAAAAUCUUUAGUUAUAAACAUUAUCACAGGUGGUUCCCCAGGAUUAUGGAGAAAUGAAGAAGAUGAAUCUAAACAUUUCACACAUAGUCUUGAUCCAUGGAUUAAGCUGGCCAAAAUUGCAGAGAGAGGUAAGAUACAUUCCUUAUUUGUUGCUGAUCAUUUGACCUUUUUCGAUAGUUAUAAAGGUCCUGGGAACUUUAGAGAACCUGCAAGAACUGGUGUAUUCGCUCCAAGAGUUGAUCCAGCUGCUGUUGUUACUGCGUUAUCAAGUGUUACUAAAGGUUUGGGAUUUGGUAUUACUUUCAGUACUGUUAGUGAACACCCAUAUCAUUUCGCAAGAAGACUUGCCUCAUUAGAUUUGCUAUCAAAUGGUAGAGUUGGUUGGAAUAUUGUGUCAAGUUAUUUGGAAAGUAUUGGACCAAAUCUGUUGAAUGGGGAACCAUUUCCAGAGCACGAUGAGAGAUACGUAAAAUCUGAAGAGUAUGUUGAUGUGGUUUUGAAGUUGCUUUUAUCAUCAUGGAGAGAAGAUGCUGUUAAAUAUGAUAAAGAAAAUGGUAUUUUUGCUGACCCAAAUCUUAUCAGAAAGAUAAAUCAUAAGGGGAAAUAUUUCAGCGUUGAAGGUCCAGGUAUUACAGAACCAACUCCUCAAAGUUUUCCUGUAAUUAUUCAAGCUGGAACAUCAAGAAAAGGUAAGGAGCUUGCUGCAAAGAACGCUGAAGUUGUUUUUGUUGAAGGUCGUAGUCGUGAGACUUUGGCACAGGAUAUCAAAGAGAUUAGAUCAUUGGCUGAAUCAUAUGGAAGAGAUCCAUCUUCAAUAAAGUUCUUAGCUGGAGCUACUCCAGUUUUGGCAAAGACACAUGAAGAAGCUAUUGCAAAAGCACAAAAGAUUAAAGAAUUUGCUACCCCAGAAGCAGGUGAAGUUGGGUUUGGAGGUAUUUCCGGUAUUGACUUGAGUAAAUAUGAUCUUGAUGAUGAAAUUGAUUAUAAAGGUACCAAUGCAAUUCAAACAAUUACCGAUAAUAUUUUCAAGAAGGCCAAAAAGAAUAAGCCUACUAAAAGAGAAGUCCUAAAAGCUUACACUGCAAAGUUAGGAAAUUUGAUCGGAACACCAUCUGAAGUUGCGGAUGAGUUGGAAAAAUGGGUUAGAGAUUAUGAUCUUGAUGGUUUCAACUUGAGUUAUGCUGUUUUUCCAUCGGGAAUUGAAGAUAUUGUUGAUUUAUUAAUUCCUGAAUUGCAAAGAAGAGGUAUAUUCCAUAAAGAUUAUGCCGCUGAUACAUUAAGAGAAAAUAUCAAUGAACAAAAGGGUAAGUUAUUUUUAGAUGAGGAUCACCCAGCAUAUAAACUGAGAUGGACAAAAGAUUUAACAAAAGAAGAAUUUGAGGAAAAGAUUGGAUUUCCCCCUAAAUAA